AUGCCGACCUGGCUUGUUUAUGGUUUUCGUUGGCCUCGCCGCGCCAUCAACAUACAUGUCAUUCUUCAUAACCUGGAAGAUUGCGCCGUGGGAUGGCUCAUGGCGCCGGACACCAGUGCCGAACUGAUGGACAACUUCCAAACCCUGUAUCCUGAUCAAAUCAAGUCUCUCCCGGACCUGCAAUUUAUAGAACAGUACGAUCCCGACGAUGAAGCAACUUCGGAGCAGCCAUAUGCCUACGUCUGCGAGCAAAUACACGAAAUCCGAUUGGGCGCAGAUGUCGACGACUUCAAGAACAGAGGAAUACCAAGCGAAUCAUGGAAUGCGCUGGUAGGGCUACGUAACGAACUUGCCCCGGGCGAGAAAAUCGGCUGGUAUAUAGUGGUCAAUGGCGACGUGGAACGUUGGGUGCCACCAGUAGAUGAUGAGGAAAAGGAAGCCGAGGAGAUGGAGUCAAAUGCAAGCAGCCAGCCAACCGUUAUCGAGAUGGAAAACAGUCGGGCUAAGCCGGAACAUGUUGGUGAUCAAGAAGAAGUAAAGAAAGGCGGUUUCAAGAAGUGGCUAGGAAAGGUGAAGAAGGUCAGAAGUUUCAGAGACCUGAAAAGUGAUCUCGCUGUGCGACCAUCAAAGGCCUCUCCACUCGCCGCUGAAGACCAACCUGUACCGAGCCCAAAAAGAGUCGCAGAGCUGCAAGAUGAUAAAUCGGAUAUAGCAAAAUCAACCAAACACACAUCAAUAUGA